AUUGUAAUGAUAUCACUUACCAAAUCACAAGAACUGCAAAUCUCUUUCAAAAAUUCUUUUGAAUUCCUUUCUGAUAAACAGUCUCUUGAAAAAUAAAUUGUUGUCAUAUUUUAGCCAGGAUUAUGACCGCAGAUACCGAUUUUUGGGGUCAUUCGCCCCCUAUCAUUUGAUUUGUACACCAGUUUUCUAGCUAUCAUCUUUGCUUUCAACCUUCGAUCCAAUUUCUUUUAUUCGUGUACUUCUCUUAAAGUUUUGACACACAUGCUUUGAUUCAUAUUUUAAGGGGCUGGUGAAAAAAACAUAACUCUAACCAACAUCACAAAUCAAAAUAUGCAAUGUUCUUAUAAAGCAAUUGACCUCAUUACGCAGGAAAAGCUCGUAAUUGUUGGAGCUUGCAACGGGACACCUCCUCAUGUCCCUUGGUCACCGAUGCCCUCAGUUCCUGCACCCUGCAUUCAAGGCAAUACAUCCGCACCUGCUUGGCAACUGCAGCCGAGUUCUAUCGUCGGGGGAAUUGAAUCCAAGAGAGGUCAGUGGCCAUGGCAGGCUGGACUAAAGCGAUCUGCAUCGGAAAAAAUCUUCUGUGGUGGCUCGCUGAUUGAUCCUCAGUGGGUAUUGACUGCUUCUCACUGUUUGUACGAAAUGUCCAAAUACUCCAAAUCGGGAAAUAUACCCCACAUUCAGGUAUCGUUGGGAGAGUACAAUCAAGGAAAAAAGGACCCAGAGGAAGUGAAUGAAAACGUCGUAAAGCUCUUCCUACAUGAUCAAUACGACCCACAAACUUUAGAUUACGAUGUUGCGUUGCUUAAGCUUAAAAAUCCUGCAAAAUUAACCAAGAUUGUGAGGCCUGUCUGUCUUGUGGACGAGAAGAUUGACUUUGGCCCUGGAACUAACUGUUUCGUCACAGGUUUUGGAGUCACUGAGCAGGGUGGGGAAGUGUCAGCAAAACUACAAGAAGCGAACGUACCAAUAGUGGCACAACAAACUUGUCAAGCAGCAUACAAAAAUAAAAAGAUCACACCCAGAAUGCUGUGUGCAGGCUAUGCUAAAGGAGGCAUUGAUGCGUGUCAAGGAGACAGCGGGGGACCGCUGGUUUGCAUGAACAACGGCAAGUGGUUUCUAAAAGGAAUCGUAAGCUGGGGAAUUGGUUGUGCGAGGCCUGGUGCUUAUGGUGUCUAUUCAAACGUGAAAGAAUUCUUACCGUGGAUUCGCAAUAUCAUAAACAGCGAGGUGGAGGACACCAACCUGACUUGAUUUUAAGAAAUUCAUGAAAAUUUGAUAAUUUAUUUUUCCCGAAGGAAAAACUGAAUUAAACUGAAUAUCAUUCGAUAAAUCUUUUGUUCCUAUUCAUUGGCUAAGAGUGUAAAAAUUGAUCGUCCCUUACAGUUUCGGUGUGCUUUAUUUCUAGUGAUCCACGCCCCUAUGUAUUCAAUGGUAGAUUGCUUUCCUGAGGUGUUAGGUGAAGAUUCCCGAGGAGUGAUUUUAAGUUCAAACUCGAUGAUCCGUAGUUUUCCCGAGCCUUUAAUCUGAAUGAAUAUCACAUUAA